UUGAAAAAAAUUCUUUGUGUGAGAUGGCAUGCGGAAGAUGUGAAGAUGGAUGUGAUAAGGACGGGCUUUUCAAUGGAUUUACAUUGGGUUGUAUCGUUGUAUUUAUCCUUUUGGGAUUUACACAGUUUAUUAUUGGUUUAGUUUACUGGAAUGAUUGCCCGGCAAAUGCCACAAUUCCAAGAUUCAUGACAGGAGCCGGUGGUUCCAAAACUAUUAUUGAUGUAAUAAUUGGAUGCGUUAAAAAUCUUGCAAUUGUUUGUGAGGGAGCGAUUACAAGAGACGUGGGAGCGAUUAUUGCUCUGGUUAUUGAACACUUUAUUGGAAUAGUGAUAGGUAGUAUAUAUGUCUUCUCGGAUUAUUCAUACCUAGCUGGAGGAUGUGAUGGUGCCAAGGAAUGCUGUGACGAGAAUUUUAUCAAAUUUGCACUCGGCGUUUCUAUAAUUGAAUGGCUACUGUUAAUACUUCCAAUAUUAUUGCUAUUUUUAAUUGCCCUAUUAAGGUAAAAUCGAAAUAUAACACAACAAUCAUGAUGUUUAAACGCUGGACAAUUGGAAAUACAUUAUUACACGGAUCCCAUAAGUGCGUUAUUAUGAUAUAGC